AUUUCUACUGAAGAGGAAUCCAGCAAAAGGAAAAAGAGCCAGAAGGGGCCAGCCAAAACAAAAAAGUUGAAGACCAGAAAAAGAGAAAGCAGCAAGUCUGUAAGAGAGAAGUUUGAAAUCCUUAGCGUUGAGUCCCUGUGUGAGGGAAUGCGGAUUCUGGGCUGUGUGAAGGAGGUAAACGAGCUGGAGCUGGUGGUCAGUCUCCCCAACGGCCUCCAGGGCUUCGUGCAAGUGACGGAAAUCUGUGACGCCCACACGGAGAGGCUGAAGGAGCAGCUGGCGCAGGAGGAGCCCUUGAAGGACCUCCUCCACCUGCCGGAGCUCUUCUCCCCCGGGAUGCUGGUGCGGUGUGUGGUGAGCAGCCUGGGCGUCACCGAGAGAGGCAGGAGCAGCGUCCAACUCUCUCUCAACCCCAGGAGCGUCAACCGGGUGCUGAGUGCUGAGGUGCUGAAACCUGGCAUGCUGCUCACAGGUACCGUGUCCAGCCUGGAAGACCAUGGCUACCUAGUGGACAUUGGUGUCGACGGGACCAGAGCCUUUUUACCACUGCCCAAAGCCCAGGAGUCUGCCCACCCGAGGAACAAGGGUGCCAAACUGAAGGUGGGGCAGUACCUGCACUGUGUCAUCGAAGAGGUGAGAGGCGGUGGCGGCGUUGUCACACUGUCGGUCCGUCCCUCGGAGUUGUCUGCGGCUAUCGCCACCGAGGAACAGAGCUGGACCCUUCACAACCUGCUGCCAGGGCUGGUGGUCAGAGCCCAGGUGCAGAAGGUGACUCCAUUUGGCCUCACGCUCAGCUUCCUUACCUUCUUCACUGGUGUGGUUGACUUCAUGCACCUGGACCCCAAGAAAGCCGGGAUGUACUUCUCACAGCAAGCGGUGAGGGCCUGUCUCCUCUGCGUCCAUCCUCGAACCAGAGCUGUGCGCCUGAGCCUGCGCCCCAUCUUCCUGCAGCCUGGGCGCCCACUACCCCAGCUCUCGCACCAGCACCUUGGAGCCGUGAUGGACGACGUCCCUGUCCAGGGCUUUUUCAACCGGGCCGGGGCCACCUUCCAGCUGAAGGAUGGGACCCUGGCCUAUGCCCGGCUCAGCCACCUCUCUGAUUCCAAGAGUGUCUUCAAUCCCGAGUCCUUCAGGCCUGGUAACACGCACAAGUGUAGAGUUAUUGACUACAGCCAGAUGGACGGCCUCGCUUUGCUGUCUCUGCGGACGUCUGUUAUUGAGGCUCAGUUCCUGAGGUACCACGACAUCAAGCCUGGGGCAGUGGUAAAGGGCACCGUGCUGACCGUAAAGCCGUUCGGGAUGCUGGUGAAGGUGGGCGAGCACAUGCGGGGCCUGGUGCCUACCUUGCACCUGGCUGACGUCUUGAUGAAGAAUCCGGAGAAGAAGUACCCUGUGGGGGCCGAGGUGCAGUGCCGGGUUUUGCUUUGUGACCCUGAAGUCAAGAAGCUGAUGAUGACCUUGAAGAAGACGCUGGUGGAGUCCAGACUCCCUGCUGUCACUUGCUAUGCCGACGCCAGGCCCGGGCUGCAGACGCACGGCUUCAUUGCCAAGGUCGCCGACUAUGGCUGCAUCGUGAAGUUCUACAGUGAUGUGCGGGGGCUGGUGCCCAGGCAGGAGCUCGGGGCCCAGUGCAUCCCCCACCCAGAGAGGGUCUUCUACGCUGGCCAGGUGGUGAAGGUGGCUGUGCUGAGCUGCGAGCCUGCCAAAGAGAGGAUGCUCUUGUCCUUCAAACUGAUGAGCCCCCCAGAAGCACCAUUGGAGCUUGCAGGACACAGUCGGAAGAAAAGAAGAGCCAUGAGCGUCGGGCGGCUGGUGGAUGUGAAGGUUCUGGAGAAGACCACAGAGGGGCUGGAGGUGGCCAUCUUGCCGCACAACGUCCCUGGCUUCCUGCCGACGCCGCACUUGUCAGACCACGUCGCCAACGGCCCGCUGUUGCACCACUGGCUGCAGGCUGGCGACACCCUUCACCGCGUCCUGUGUCUGGGCCAGAGUGAGGGGCGCGCGCUGCUUUGCAGGAAGCCGGCUUUGGUGUCCGCCGUCGCGGGGGGCCAGGACCCCGGGGCCUUCUCUGAGAUCCGCCCAGGCAUGCUGCUCCUGGGCUUUGUGAGGAGCAUCCGGGACUACGGCGUGUUCGUGCAGUUCCCCUCGGGCCUCAGUGGCCUGGCCCCCAAGGCCAUCGUGAGCGACAAGUUCGUGACCUCCCCCAGCGACCACUUUGUGGAGGGGCAGACGGUGGUGGCAAAGGUGACGAGCGUGGAUGCGGAGAGGCAGCGCGUGCUGCUGUCGCUGCGGCUGUCAGACUGUGCGCUGGGGCCCGCGGCGCCCACCAGCCUCCUGCUGCUGAGCCAGUGCCUGGACGAGCGGCAGGGCGUGCGCAGCCUCAUGGGUGCCCGAGACUCAGUGCUGGUCCAGACGCUGGCUCAGAUGACCCCUGGCAUGGUGCUUGAGCUGGUGGUACAGGAGGUGUUGGAAGAUGGCUCUGUGGUGUUCAGCGGCGGCCCAGUGCCCGACCUGGUCCUGAGGGCCAGCAGAUACCAUCGGGCGGGGCGGGAGCUGGAGUCUGGGCAGAAGAGGAAGGUUGUCGUCUUAAACGUGGACAUGCUGAAGCUGGAAGUCCAUGUUUCCCUGCACCAGGACAUGGUAAAACGGAAAGCUAGGAAGCUGAAGAAAGGCAGCGAGCACCGGGCAACCGUGCAGCACCUAGAGGAGUCCUUUGCCAUUGCCUCCCUGGUGGAGACUGGCCACCUGGUGGCUUUCUCCCUGGCCUCGCACCUCAACGACACCUUCCGCUUCGACUCGGAGAAGCUGCAGGUGGGACAGGGUGUCUCGCUGAGCCUCAAGACCACGGACCCGGGCGUGACUGGCCUUCUUCUGGCCGUGGAGGGGCCAGUGGCCAAGAGGACCAUGAGCCAGGCCCAGAAGGACUCAGAGACAGUCGACGAGGAAGAGGAUGUGGAUCCGGCUCUGGCCGUGGGGACCACGAAGAAGCACGCCCUGUCCAUUGGGGAUGUGGUCACGGGGACUGUCAAGUCUGUAAAGCCCACCCAUGUGGUUGUGACACUGGCCGGUGGGGCCGUGGGCUGCAUCCACGCCUCCCACAUUCUGGAUGACGUUCCGGAGGGUGCCACUCCCACCGCCACACUGAAGGUCGGAAGGACAGUCACAGCCUGCGUGAUCGGCGGGCGGGACGUGAAGACGUCCAAGUUUCUCCCAGUAAGUCACCCCGGAUUUGUCCGCACCGUCCUGGAGCUGAGUGUUCGGUCAAGCGAGCUGCAGGCUGGCUGCACAGCCCUUGACACCCACUGUGCAAGCCCCGUGGAGAAGGCCCGAGAGUACCAGGCCGGCCAGACCGUGACAUGCUUCCUGAGGAAGUAUAAUGUGGUGAAGAAAUGGCUGGAGGUGGAGCUGGGCCCGGACGUCCGGGGGAGGAUUCCCUUGCUGCUCACGUCUCUCAGCUUCAAGGUUCUGAAGCAUCCGGAUAAGAAGUUUCGGGCUGGCCAGGCCCUGAGGGCCACCGUGGUCAGCCCGGAUUCCGGCAAGGCCUUCUUGUGUCUCUCCCUCAUAGGUCCCCACAGGCUGGAGGAAGGGGAGGUGGCCAUGGGCCGAGUGGCGAAGGUGACCCCUAAUGAGGGGCUGACGGUGGCCUUCCCCUUUGGGAGGACGGGCAGGGUCAGCGUGUUCCACGUGAGUGACUCCUACUCCGAGGCGCCCCUGCAAGGCUUCGUCCCCCAGAAAGUCGUCAGAUGCUGUGUUCUGUCCGCCGCGGACGAGGAACUGAUCUUGUCGCUGCGCCCAUCCAGAACAAACCCGGAGACCAAAAGCAAAGUCGAAGACCCCGAGGUGAACUCUGUGGAGGACGUCAGGGCAGGGCAGCUCCUGAGGGGCUACGUGCAGUCCGUGCAGCCACACGGCGUGCUCUUGGGCCUUGGCCCUGCUGUCGUGGGGGUGGCCCGGUUCCGACACGUCUCCCAGCGCAGCCUGUCCAGGAGAGCCCUGUACAGCAAGUACCUCCCCGAGGGGAAGCUGCUGUCGGCCAGGGUCUUGCGCCUCGACCCCCGGAAGAAGCUGGUGGAGCUGUCGUUCCUCCCCAGCGACACAGGGCGGCCGGACGUGCUCCCUGCCUCCCUGGGGCUCGAGGACGAGAAGGCCGAGGCUGAGGAGAGACCACAGCCGGGAGAGGAGGCACAGAGGCAGCAUCGGGAGAGGAGCGGGGAGGACCCGGAGGGGCUGGCGGGGGCAGCGCUGCCCGAUGAGGAGGAGCAGCCCCGGAGGCCGAGGACAGGGGAGCCGCGCAAGCGGGCGCACCAGGAACAGGGCGGUCAGGGGGCUGUGAGCAAGAGGCUGAAGAGAGCAGGCCCAUGGGAGGACGACAGGGGAACGGACGUGUACUAUCGGGAAGGAGAGGACACGGGAGGAGUUGCUGGGCCCCAGGAGACACCAUCCAGGCCAGUGGCCGUGCCCUGCUUGCAGCUGUCCUCGGGCUUCGCGUGGGACGCGGGGCUGGACUCCUUGGCCCCUGCCCUGCCACCUGGAGGAGAGAGCUCGGACAGCGAGGAGGACACAGAGCCACCCCAGGCCACGCAGAAGAAGAGCAGGAAGGAGAGGGCGCUGGAGCGGCAGCAGGCGGAGAAGGAGCUGUCCCGUGUGGAGGCGGCACUGAUGGACCCUGCGCGGCAACCGGAGUCCGCGGAUGACUUCGACCGCCUGGUGCUGAGCUCCCCUGAUAGCUCCAUCCUGUGGCUGCAGUACAUGGCGUUCCACCUGCAGGCCACAGAGAUCGAGAAGGCCCGCGCUGUGGCCGAAAGGGCCCUCAAGACCAUCUCCUUCAGGGAGGAGCAGGAGAAGCUGAACGUGUGGGUGGCGCUGCUCAACCUGGAGAACAUGUUUGGCUCCCCGGGGUCACUGGCCAGGGUCUUCGAGCGCGCCGUGCAGCACAGCCAGCCCCUCAAGGUCUUCCUGCAGCUGGCGGCCAUCUACAGCAAGUCGGAAAAGUUCCAGGAAGCUGGCGAGCUCUACAACCGCAUGCUGAAGCGCUUCCGGCAGGAGAAGACCGUGUGGAUCCAGUAUGGCGCCUUUCUCCUGCGGCGCAGCCAGGCAGACGCCAGUCACCGAGUGCUGCAGCGCGCCCUGGCGUGCCUGCCCAGCAAGGAGCACGUGGAUGUCAUUGCCAAGUUUGCCCAGCUGGAGUUCCAACUGGGGGAUGCUGAGCGGGCCAAGGCCAUGUUUGAGAGUACGCUGAACACCUACCCCAAACGCACCGACGUCUGGUCGGUCUACAUUGACAUGGCCAUCAAGCACGGCAGCCAGAAGGAUGUCCGGGACCUCUUCGAGCGGGUCAUCCACCUGAGCCUGGCGCCCAAGAGGAUGAAGUUCUUCUUCAAGCGCUACCUGGACUACGUGAAGCAGCAUGGCACUGAGAGGGACGUGCAGGCGGUCAAGGCCAAGGCCUUGGAGUACGUGGAGGCCCGGAGCGCCAUGCUGGAGGACUAGUGGCCUCUGGGCCCGCGGUGUCAGCCGUGGAUCGCCAGCCCAGCACCUUGCACCUGAGUGCUGCUGCUCCUGGGCGACUCUGGAUGGGUGGGAGGACCGUGAGCUGCUCACUUCUCGGCUCACUGCGCUCCAAGUGGCCACGGGCAUCGGUGCUUCCACCCCCAGGGCUCCUGGGCUUAUGGCAGCAGGCUCUCGGGCUCUCAGGCUCCUUGGAGAGCCCAGCGUCCCUCCCUCCGGGAGUCCCUGGGAGCAGGAGCAGAGGACCCAGCCCCAGGUGUGUCCUGGUCGAGACCCCCCUCAACCCUGGCUACUCGGUCUAGCCGGCAGGCUCCAGAGGUCCAGCGGGAGGGUCAAGUCCACCCCUGGGUGCUGCUGCGGCCUCACCUAGCUAGAACCUCUGCCCUUGAGCAGAGGCUGGGAGGCCAGGCCAGAGGAUGGGGCAGAGCCCGGGAGGGAAAGUGGGGCGACCCACCCUGAGCAAGCUUCAGCCUACAGAUGCCUCCCUGGGCCACGGCCAGGUGACCUCGUCUCCACAGCUGUCCACUUGAGUCCCGGAGGCUGGCGCCAGCCCAGGCUUCUUGAGGCAGCUCUUUUCUGCCUUGGGCCUGAGGGAAUAAAAGUCUUCUCUGGCAGCA